CCAUCGCCUCCCACACUCUCCCGCCAUGAAGAACCGGAGCGACGGCAAGAUCUCCUUCAGAUGGAUCCCCUUUCUCUGCAUCUUCUGCUUCACUUGCGGAAUUCUCUUCACUAGCAGGAUGUGGGUUUUGCAUGAAUCUAACGGUCAGCUCAUCUCGCAGCACCGCCGCGAACAGGAGUUGCAGAGCGUCUCCGACGAUUGCUCUACUAAGAAAAAACCUGAAGAUGUAAUGAAGGAAAUUUUGAAAACCCAUGGAGCAAUUCGAACAUUAGACAAGUCAGUGGCAAUGCUCCAGAUGCAGCUGGCUGCAGCUCGGAGCACUGAGGAAUUGGGAAGCUCGGAUGGCUAUGGCUCCAGUUCUGUCUCCUCCUUGUUUCAUGACAGCCCCCCAAGACAGAAGGUUUUCAUGGUUAUGGGAAUUAAUACUGCUUUUAGCAGUAGGAGACGACGUGAUUCUGUCAGAGAGACUUGGAUGCCUCAAGGAGAAAAGCUUUUCCAAUUGGAGCGUGAGAAGGGAAUUGUCAUUCGGUUCAUGAUUGGCCACAGUGCAGUGUCCAACAGCAUUUUGGAUAGAGCUAUUGAUUCUGAAGAUGCACAGCAUAAGGACUUCCUUAGGCUGGAGCAUGUUGAAGGAUAUCAUGAAUUGACUGCCAAAACAAAAAUUUUCUUUUCUACUGCUGUUGCAAAAUGGGAUGCUGAUUUCUAUGUCAAGGUGGAUGAUGAUGUCCAUGUCAACAUUGGAAUGUUGGCUACUACUCUAGCCCAUCACCGCUCGAAGUCUAGAGUCUAUAUUGGGUGUAUGAAAUCUGGACCUGUUCUUUCUCAAAAGAAUGUUAAGUACCAUGAACCGGAGUACUGGAAAUUUGGAGAGGAGGGGAACAAAUAUUUCCGGCAUGCAACUGGACAGAUAUAUGCAGUUUCAAAGGACCUUGCAACAUACAUCUCCAUAAACCAGCCCAUAUUGCAUAAGUAUGCUAAUGAAGAUGUCUCACUCGGUUCUUGGUUUAUUGGCCUUGAUGUUGAGCACAUAGACGACCGAAAUAUGUGCUGCGGGACUCCUCCAGAUUGUGAGUGGAAGGCUCAAGCAGGUAACAUAUGUGUUGCAUCUUUUGAUUGGAGCUGCAGUGGAAUAUGCAAAUCAGUGGAGAAGAUCAAAUUUGUUCAUGAAAGGUGUCAUGAGGGGGAGGGAGCUGUUUGGAGCGCUCUAAUUUAAAUAGACUGGCACAGUUUCAUUGGCAAACAAUACGGAUCAACAUGGCAAAACACAGUUUUGGUAGUUGAGAUAGGGAAAGGGGGAGCAUAGUUGUGCAUUGGGGUGCUGGUUCAUGUUUGCUCUACAUUUUGUUGAAUUUUACAAGCAAAUCACACACAAAAGAGGAAGCAAAUACCUAUUCAAUCACACGUGCAAGGAGCUUAUACAUAAAGCAUUUCUUCCAAAUCUUGAUUUGAAGUUAUACACACAACCUCUUGUACUACUCUUUUUCCCCAACUCUUUGCAUGGGAAUUGAAUGUACCCUUUUAAGAUGGUUGUUCUAACCCCAAAAGCAUGUGUAUGGACCUUUUUUUUUUCUCGAACAAAAUGAAAUUUUGCUAAUUUGUAUCUUGUUGUUUGAACAUUUUAUAGUAUUAGUAGAAUUGAAUGAUAGUG